AUGACAAAGCAGCCUGAAGCACGACAAAUCAUUCAGUACAACAAGAAGAGUAUAAGGAAGAUGAAGAAUGUGGUUGGAGAUGCAGAAUCAGCACUCUCUCUGACAGCAAUGCAAGUUUUGGUCUUCUACCUUGUUUUCAUUCUAAUGGUGUUUGGAUGCCAUCUGGCAUGCAAAUUGAUGCCUAAUGCAUCUCCAAUACAGCUGUUUGUGGCUGUAAUUGCUAUUUCUUGUUCUAUUGGUUUCUCAGCCUGGUACAAACAAAAAUAA